AUGGCCUACCCAGCCUUCUCAGCUGAGAAGGGUAGCCACUGCAUAUCUCUGAACCCCAUCCUGAUUUUACUUAUAGAGGACUUUGAAUUAGCCUUUGAAGAAAAGGUGAAAAUCAAGAAGAACCCAAUUCUCAACGAAAUUCUUAAGAAAGAAGUUGAAUAUGAUUACACUGCUGAUCCUAAUUUUGACUUCAAUAACAGGCAGGUCGAAACUGUUGAAAAGAAUGCCAAUGUUAGUGAGAGGAUCUCUCUACAGCUUAUUGAGAGCAGAAGAGAGUCAGUGUUUAUCAGCCAAGAGUGAGGCAUCCAGGUCCCAAAUAGCCUUGCCAAACAUGAUAAUUUCCACUCAUUGGCAACUGGGAUAAAUGAAGCAGAAGUUAAAGAGGAAGAUUUCUUCGAACCUUAUGGGGAAGAAGUGUUUGAAGAUAAGACAAGAAAUAUUGACCCAUACAGACAAACUAUUACUGAGGAGCUGGAGGAAAAGAAACCAGCUAAGAUGGUACAGAGACCCAAGCUUAAACUUAAAGAUGCCUGUGACCAAUACGGAUAUACUUUUAAUAUGAAUGAUUUGGAUAAAACUAAAGUUCUAAUAGGUAAAGGAGGCUAUGGAGAAGUUUUCCUUGUACAUUGCAAGCUUAAUUUCCAAAAAUAUGCAAUGAAAAGACUAUUUAAAGAAAUUAUCACCAAUUCAGGGCUAGGUAGACUAAUAAUGCGUGAGAAAGAAAUCACUGACGAGCUUGAGCAUCCAAAUAUUGUGAGACUUGAAGGAUAUUUUCAUGAUUCUGAUUAUUGAUACUUUCUAUUCGAACUUUGUCCAAUUGGAAACCUUAGGACCCUCAUCACAAAUUUCGGUUCUCUAAGUGUAAAUCUGACUAGGUUUUAUAUCAUGGAGAUCAUUAAUGCCUUGGCAUAUUUACGAGACAAUAAGGUUGUCCACCGUGACUUGAAACCCCAGAAUCUUCUGCUAGAUGAUACACUACAUAUUAAGCUAUGAGAUUUUGGAGCAGCCAAAAAGUACGAUGCAGAAGAAGUUGAUUAUGCUAUCCAAGAAGACACUGAGCUUAUGGAUGACAAGACUGAAAUCGAGGAAAGCUCAGACUCUGACUCUGAUAGUGACAUUAGCGACGGUGAGUUUGAAAAACUGCAAAAAUUAAAAGUUCAGAGAGAAGAAUCAAGAAAGAGAAACACGCAUAUUGGAACACCUCUGUAUCUUAGUCCAGAAAUGUUGAUGAGUCACUUGGCCUGAUUCAGUUCAGACCUUUGGGCACUUGGUUGUAUCCUUUUUGAAUGUCUUACAGGCAACGCUUUGUUUAGAGGCAAACAAAAAUGGGAGAUUGAAGAUAAAAUUAGGAACAAUGAUUUCCCAAUACCUGAUCAAAUUGAUAAAGAUGCUAGAGAUUUAAUCAAAAAGUUAUUAAGAAAAUGACCAUUUAAAAGACUUGGUGCAGGAGUUGAGGGAUCAAAGUAUUCUCUUGAAGAACUCAAAAAUCACCCAUUCUUUAAAGGAGAAAGCUUUGAUGACAUUUCUUCAAGAGUUCCACCUUUUACAGAUGAAGAAAUAGAAAUAUACUGAUCUAAAUAUUCCAAAGACAAUGAGCCGGCAAAUUAUGAAUCCGGGGAAGAGAACAUUGAUACUCUAUCAAUUCAUGCAGUUAAGCCACUCAAUUCAUAUCCGAACAAACUCUCUAGUAUCAAGAAAGAUUCAGGAAUUUCGUUUGAAUGCCCAACUGGGCCAUCUAAAUUAAUUAAGAAUCUGAGCAAUAACAAUAAACUAGCAGCAAAAAGGAAUUACAAAAUGCAGGAUCUUGAUUUCAGGUCGACCCAAUAGAUCUCCC